GUCAAACUAAUCUUUGCGGCAAACUGCAGCACAGAUGCAGAUGCAGGCAGACAAUUCACAAUUGCACCGACAACGAAAUUUCAAAAUUAAGAUAUUUCUGUAAUUUUUCUAUCGAUCGUGCCUCGUGUUACGAUUCGAUCAGAUCUAGGCAAUAUCGUCAUCAUGGCGGAUGACCACCAAGAUAUGGGUGGAUUUUACGAAGUAGGUGAACUCUACGAAGGUGUGCCUGUUCCAGUUCCGGUGGCUGCUGGAGGGGGAACGGAUGUCGCGACUGGUGGUGCUGGCCUGGUGAUUAGUGGUGGCCUCAUGACGAUGGAUGCACUUCUUCACGCCGUGACAGAUUCGUCGGAUGAAGACGAGGAUGAAGACGAAGAUGAAGACGAGGACGAUAAACUCCAAGCUUUCUAUGCCGGCGGAUCAUUAUCUAGCGGUCAGCAGGUUUUAGGUCCACCGAAAAGCAGGAAUGAGAUGGUUAUGGAAAUGUUCAGGAUGACGAAAGAGUACUUUGGAGAAAUGGGGGCUCAAGAAGUUGUACCGCAAAUGUUUAAAAAGAAAAGCAACGAUUCCUUUGGUGGAGCUGGGUAUAAUCUUGGAUCGUCUACAGGGGCUUCUUCUGAAGUGUCUUCGCCUCCAGAAAUUCAUAAUGCCAUUUUACAUCUCUGGUCCAACGAACAAGACUUUGGAAAAGUAGCCAAAAAAGCUUUCAGUGGAAAAGGACAAACUUUGGGAAGUCCUGUCCCAACGAUGAUGACUGAUGCCGCACCACCAAGCGAGAAUGAAAGGAAAGUUAACGAGGAGGCGGCGCGGAGUGGGGUCACUCUUGCGCCCGGCGCGGCCACAACGUCUAUCCAAUUCCGGUUGACGGAUGGGUCACGACUCGCGGCACAGUUUAACCACACCCACACCGUACAGGAUUUGUACACUUUUAUCAAUACGGCUCGACCCGAGUACUCUUCCACAACAUAUAUCUUGACCCUAUUCCCAAACGUGACGCUAACUGAGAAAGGUGCCACACUUAAGGAUGCCAACAUCUUGAAUUCAUCACUAAUUCAGAAGAUUCAACCACACUAGAAAUGAGGACAACGCAUACUGGAUUUUAAGCAACUUUUUUUCGUACACUACACUAUUAUUAUAACAAUUAACAAUCAGAUGAUGGACCAUUUUUAUUUUUAUACAUGAUAGACCAGAGCCAUCAUUUUGCAGCAUCCGAAUGUUUUGCUCAGUUCAAAUAAUAAAUUAAUCUUCAAAUUACAAAA